AUGAAAACUACAAAUGAUAAAAAGUUUUUAGAUUCAAGUGAUCAUAUUAACUUCAGUCGAUUAACAACAGAUCAACACUGUGAAGAAACUCAAGUAACCGCUCCUCUAUCAUCCCAUCAAGUCAUGGAAUGUAAUACCACUGCACGGAGAAUAAUGGAAAUCUUGGCCACGAUUAUAAUCGCAUUCAGUUUGAUUGGAUUAAUAAUAUUAGUCGUUGUGUACAUCCUAAGUAUUAAUGUUUCAGAUAUGUAUUCAGUGGUGAUUGACGCAGGAUCAACGUCUUCUAAACUUCAUCUGUAUAAAUGGAUCGAUGAACCAUUCCGAUCAAAUGGCAAAGUCACUGAAGUGACCAAUGAGAAAGUUUCUCCGGGUAUAUCAAACUAUAUAAAUGAUCCAACAGAGGCGUAUACAGCGUUGAAACCAAAACUCGACAAACUAACCUCUAGUCUAUCAUCCAAGCAGAAACAGCAUACACCAGUAUAUUUAGCUGCAACUGCUGGUAUGAGAUUAAAACUAAUUGAAGAUCCACUAGGAAGUUUGGACUUAUUUGCAGUACUUCGACAGUAUUUAAUACAGUCUGGAUUGCAAAUUGAAACACCUAAUGAACGGAUUCGUUUGUUAUAUGGGGCUGAGGAAGGUCUUUAUGGUUGGGUAUCAGUCAAUAAUAUCUUAGGUAAUAUCCAAGAAGGGAAACGAACAAGUCCUGCUGAAACGGUCGGUUCCUUGGAUCUAGGUGGAGCUAGUACACAAAUAGCAUUUAUUCCUGGAUCGUACUCAACUAUUCCAAAGGAGCAUUUAUAUUAUUAUCCCCUCCGAUUGUAUGGAAACAAUUUUUUGGUAUAUAGUCACAGUUUUUUAUGCUAUGGAAAGUCUGAAUUUGAAAGGCGUUUAAUGACUUCAAUAGCAGCAAGAUCAACAAAACUCACUGAAAUACCUAAUCCUUGUCUUCUUCAAGGUUUCCGAUCAAAAAAGUAUAAUGCAAGUGAAUGGUUUUCUGGAAGCUGUUUAACAGGCAAUCAUGUCAGAAAAACAUUUCGGGAUGAAAUCUUCCAACCCCCUGAAAUGGAUCAAUUUUCUUUUGUGGGUACAGGAAAUCCUGAUGAAUGUAUCAGACAUAUGCAAAUACACUUUCGUAAUGACUGCAGUUUUUCCUCAUGUUCAUUCAAUAAUAUUUAUCAACCGAAUCCUUCAGGAAAAUUUUUGGCAUAUGCUGGAUUUUCGUAUGUGAUGCGUUACUUAUUUCCUGAAAAGAAUACAGGAUUGACCUUGACGGAAGUUACUUCUGCAGUAAAUGAUUUUUGUAGAAAACCCUGGUCAGAAGUCGCUAGAAUUACGAAAGUAUCUGAGCAUGAACUUACUGGUAAAUAUUGUUUUGAUGGACUAUAUAUUGUAAAUCUGUUACAAAAGUAUGGUUUUACAACUGAUGAAUUAUGGAAAUCUAUAACAUUCGAUUCAAAGGUUAAUGGUAAAUCAGUCAGUUGGGCACUGGGAUAUAUGCUGGAUCAGUCUGGUCAUUUACCAAGUGAAAGUCCUAAAGUCGCUCUGAGUACAAAAUUAUUUAUUGUACUGUUUAUUUUAUUCUUAUUCUUAUUGAUUGGAUCUGUCAUUGGGAUAUUGAUAACAAAGUGUUAUUCUUCACAGUCGAAAAAAUCUGUUAAUCAGGCAUAA